AUGUCUCUUCGCACUCCGUUGUCGGGUUUGCUGACAGGUCUGGAUGAAUAUAAUUUAUUCAAUGAUCCACUUUCUCAAUAUACGACCGUCGACGAUGAGCUCAACAAUCCCUGGACCGAAGAGACAGAUGGACCUCAUACUGCAGACUGGCUUCACACCUUGCUGGCCUAUACACUGUUGGACGAUGAAUUCGCCGCGGUGGAUAACCUUCCUUUCAUCGAGACGGGUUCCUUGGCCGGCAGUAUGUCCUUUGACGGACACGAGACGUUCGGCGCCGAGUCACGGAACGAUUCGUCGAAGACGUCGCCCUCGCUACCGUCGUCCGACUACACGCAAUCAGCGUUACUCUCACCCGAAUUUUCUCCCUCGCCGAAAGCUUCUUCUAGAGUUGAGCUCAUUGAACGUGCUUAUACGCACAAAUACAAUGAUGCUCACCGCCUGUAUCCCUUCGGCACACGCGGAUCGCCACCCGAAAAGCAAGGCAACACUGACAGCCCACAAGCUGCUGAUCUGGGUCAUCAGAUAUCAAUCCCCAACCUCGUCGCGGCCGCCAAUAACUCACCGGCGCUAUCACCUCCCGUCGAUGCGGCGAAUUCGGGGGGUUCUGCAGCCCUUCGCUCUCCAGCACAGUCCACCCUCUUGAGGGGCGAUUGCAGGACAGAAGGGCAAGGCUACCGGCGCUCGACCAGAUUUGCCACCCAGCCAAUCUCGUCCCAGAUGCACCCUGGCAGUCGUAAGCGGGCGUUGGAUGGCAUGGAGGACAGCGACGACGAUGAAUACAAUCCCACACAUCACGGCCGCUCCGACCCCAGCAUCGCGUAUCUCAGGAAGCGCAUGAAAAAGGCGACGUCUACGGCGGGUCAAACACACGUCCCCAGUCCCGCAGAGUACUUCUGCGGGAAAUGCCGUAAGAGCUUCAAGCAUGAAAGGUAUCUUAUACGGCAUUUUACGAGCUUGAAGCACACCGGCAGUAUGGAAGGGAAGUGCGCGUGCAGAUGGUGCGGGAAAAAUCUGUCGCGCGCGGACGCCGUGACGCGGCAUUUGGGAAGCUAUUGCGAGAAAGCCCCCGGUGUCGUCUCGCGCCCGUUAUAG